AGAGAAACCAACAAAUCCAAGAUUUUCAAUUCUAAGGAAAUGUCAUUCCGAUUUGGACAGCAUCUCAUCAAACCCUCGGUGGUGUUUCUCAAAACAGAACUGUCCUUCGCUCUUGUGAACAGAAAACCUGUGGUACCAGGACAUGUCCUCGUGUGCCCACUGCGGCCUGUGGAGCGCUUCCGGGAUCUGCGUCCUGAUGAAGUGGCCGAUUUGUUCCAGGCAAGCCAGAAAGUUGGGACAGUGGUGGAAAAGCAUUUCCAAGGGACCUCGCUCACCUUUUGCAUUCAGGAUGGUCCCGAAGCUGGACAGACUGUGAAGCACGUUCAUGUCCACAUUCUUCCCAGGAAGGCUGGAGACUUUCGCAGAAAUGACAGCAUCUAUGAUGAGCUCCAGAAACAUGACAAAGAGGAUGACACUCAGGCCUCUUGGAGGUCAGAGGAGGAAAUGGCAGCAGAAGCUGCAGUGCUGCGCGCCUACUUCCAGUGACACAGGCAUGAAUGUAAGCUGAACAAAUUUCCAAGCAUAAGGAAACGGGCCUCAUUCUCUAGGACACUGAGGUGUCAGAAAGCCCUGCAGACUCUGAGAUGUCUAACCAUUCAGCAACCUUUCAUAAAGCAUUUUAGCACACUAGCACAAGUGAUUGUGAUUACGAUGAUAGAUGGCUACAUUCUUAACUACACUGACAACUGUCCCACUCUUCCUUGCCUGUAUUGUUAGAAUAGAACUUUGUCUAAUUUGUACUUUGGCCUGAAUUGAAAUAAAAUCGCAGCUAACAUACUUA